AUGGGCAUUAGCUUCAUUUUGUUGGUCGUGGUGGCUGUGGUAUCGAUAAUUACUGGUAGUUUUGGAUGUUUCAUCGAGAAGAGGAGUACCACGGGUGAUGAUACUACCAAUAUCGAUUAUCCCGAUUAUUCGCCCAAAAACGAGAAUUAUCCGGUAGUGCCAAAAAGGGCGGCUCUAUUAUUCGAUCAAUUAAUGGUAGCUCUACAGAAGGUUGUUGAUAAUCAGGGAAAAGGUUCAGUCGGAAGCAAAACUUCAGUUGGAAGUAAAGAUUUAAUUGGAAGUACAGGUAUAAGCAAGCCACCAGCACAUCAUUUCAACUCGAAAAUCGUCCCUAUGGUGGAUGACCAAACGAUGGAUCUGCAACGACGCGCAUUAGCUCAGAGUGAGCUCUUCUGGCGCUGUUACUUCAAUGCCCUCGCAUGCUUUAAGAAGAAGUGAUAAUGACCACACCGCCGUCAGUUUUCCUCAAUCCCCAAAGAUCGAAAGAGUGCGCGAAAUUUCGUAUUAUUUCCUCGACUUAGCUGCAACAGCACGACGAGUAGCAGUGCUUUCCUGGCUAGAGGGUCACGAAAACAAGUGAAGAAUGUACAGUAGAACAAAUUCGCAUGAUUAUGGCCGGUAUUCAUAGUCGGAUCUUAUAUUUAAGACCGUCUUAAGUACAGUUUUAAGAUGUCAUGAAUCAAUUAGAGUCGCAUUAGCAUUUUAAGACAUUAUUUAAGACUGUCUUAAAAUAAGAACGGAUUAUGAAUACCGCCCUAUAAUCGUAUUUGGAACGUCGAAUUAAUUCUCCUUCAACUUUAUUUUUUUUUCGCGCCAGUAAACAUGAACUAAAAGUAACGUAUCAAUGUCGUAAUUUCACAUUCAACAAUGUAACUGGUAUGUAACAUACGUGUUAUAUUAUAUUUAUAUCGUAGAGUAUGAAUUAUAACGUUGUUAUGUAUCUGUUAAUUAAUGUUUACUGGAAAGGAUACCUCUGCCGUUCUUUUCAUCGGCUGCAUCGUUACAUAUCGUUGCCCCAUCUUCUCCAUCAUGGAUCAUAUGCAACAUGUCGAGAAGCUAUACUUACUCUUUUCCUCUUGUUUAUAAAGUAACGAUUGAAGACCUAUCCAUUAAAUGACUCUCUUCAAGCAUAUCAACCAAAAUGAAAUAAUUUGUUAUA